AUGCGGCUGUAUUGGGUUAUGCAGAGAGAGAACAAGGGGGAACAACAGGACCCGGGGGGGCCCCAGCAGCAGCAGAGCGUGUGGGUGGAAAGGGACCCGUUAGUGAGUGACCCGUUUGGGGAGGAGGAGCUGGGGUUUGAGUCUGAGGUGGGGGAGGAGCCGCAGCAGCAGGGCGUGUGGGCGGCGGAGGGGGCAGGGUUUGCGAGUGAGGAGGAAUUUGAGGACUUUGUGAGGGAGGCGAGUGACUUCUCUGCCCAGGCCGCUGCUUUGAGAAUAGGGCUCAUCGCUCUUAUGGAUGAGGAGAGCAAGCCUUCUGCUGCUGCACAAUUUUCUGGUGAUUACACUGCUGGAUACGAUGAUCCUGGGGGUUACCAGGCCUACAGUGCUUACAGUGGUUACAGUGGUUACAGCGGGAACGGUGGGUACGGUAGUUACGGUGCAAGUGCUGCUGUCAAUGCUGCUAAUGGUGCCCCUGCUUCGUCAGGCAACAGCAGCAGUGGAGGCGAUGGUGGAAGCAGGAUAAGCCCGAUAAGUGGUGCCUCUUAUUGUGCCUCUGUGGCCGAUAAACCGGAUAUGCCCCUCUGCACGUUACCGCGAGUGGAGAGUGCUGCAGGCGCCUGCUGUGCCCGCGGCCCCUCUUGCCCCUUUCCCCACGGCGACCUCUGCCCCCACUGCGGCCGCUACUGCCUGCACCCCGCUCGCCCCACGGAGCGGGAGGAGCAUAUAAAGGAGUGCAUGCGGUUACAGAGGAAGGUGCAAGCCUUAAAGCUGAGCUCAGAGAUUGAGUGCAGCGUGUGCCUGGAACGUGUGCUGGGGAAGGCCCGCCCGGCAGAUCGCAAGUUUGGCAUUCUCUCCCACUGCGACCACCCCUUCUGUGUGGCGUGCAUCCGCAACUGGCGCGCUGCUGGGCAGGAGAGUGGAGAGUCGGUCCCAUUAGACCUGGACAACGCAGUGAGGGCCUGCCCCGUGUGCCGCGUGCGAUCGCACUUCGUGACGCCCAGCGUCGUGUGGUUCUUCAGCGAAGAGCAGAAGCAGGCCAUCAUUGAAGGCUACAAGCGAAAGCUCAAGAGCACUGACUGUCGCUAUUUCAACUACGGCAACGGCCAGUGCCCCUUCGGCACCAGCUGUUUCUACAAGCAUGCUUACCGUGACGGGCGGUUGGAGGAGAUAAAAUUGCGACACCUCUCUUCUGCUGAUGGGAGUGCUGUCAUUUCGAAAGACAUCAGGUUAUCUGAUUUCUUGGCGUUCGUCGCAUGCCGUCGCACGGCCGCCGUCGUACUGCUGGUGGAAGGCAAGGAGUGCCUCACGGAGCACCUAGAAGCGAACGAGGCGGUGACGGGAAGCUUCGUGGUUAUUGACGUCGACAGCGCGUGGCUUAGCGAGGCUGGAACCAUCGAUUUCGAGAUCAUAGGCCCGCACAACCUAAAACUCUACAGUGCGAAGCGCAAGGCGGAGGACAAUUUCCAGUUCCGGUCCAUGUACUCGGGCGACUACAGCUUCUGCAUGGAUAAUACCGAUCACAUGGCUGCUACUGUUCAGCUGAGCUACCACAUCGGGCACAAACCUCACACCCAUGAGGUGGCCAAAGAUGAGCACAUGCAGGAAGUGCUUGGUCAGGUGGAGUCAAUCCGGUCAGGCCUGGUUUUGGUGCAGCAGGACCAGGCAUACUUCAAAGCCCGAGAUGAACGGCGUCGGAGAACAAAUGAGAGCACCAAGCAGCGUGUAUUUUGGUAUGCCCUGCUUGAAGUGUUGGUGCUUGUCCUUGCCAAUGGGGCUCAAGUUCUUAUUCUCCACCACCUCUUCAACAAAGCUGCUGCCAGAAGCCGCAACCGGCGGUCCGAAGGCCGAUUCGGCUCUUCUUCUGUAUUGUCGGGAAAUAAUAGCGGAAGGCUCGCCGUUGCGGGGUCCGAUGGCUCCGUUUCCCAGCAGUCCAAAGUUACACUACCGAGGAUUAAGCUUAUAUCAAGGACUCCAGGCCAGCCCGCGUCGCGGCGGCUGUCCGUGCGAGCCUCGGCAGUUUCGAGGGACGGCGGCUCUCGCGAGGUGUGGGAGCUGCCGCCGUCGUGGAGCGACUUUCCCAUUGUGCGCACAAUUGCGGGCGUGGCGGUGCUUUUCGCGAUAGAGCGCGCGCUCGCCGCCAGUGUGCGCGCCUACAGCUUCCCCGUUCCCGCGCCCGUGCUGAUGCUCGCGGGCAUCGGCGCGCUUAUGGCGACGGGGCUGAAAGAGGCGGAGUUGGUGUACGAUUGGUGCUACCCAGCCAUCUCGUUCUUCGACCAAUGGAUGCCACUCUUCUUCGUCCCCUCCGUGGCAUCAAUCGCUCUCGCCCCUCUACCCACCGGCCUCGCCCUGACCAAGUCCAUCGCCCUUCUCCUCUCCUCCUACCUCCUCACUCUCUUCCUCUCCGCCCUCGUAGCGCGCUCUAUAGGCCAGCUACUCGACUCAUGGGGCUCUUUCACUAGCAGCCUGGCGGAGGGGAGCAGGGGGAAGGGCGCGGGGAAGGGGGGGAGGCGGAAGCGGGGGCCUUUGGGGGACGGGAGCAUGAGCGAUGGGGAGAAGGUGGAGCGGAUAGGGGACGCUGCGCGCAUGUGGGGGAAGCAGGCCGCGCAGAAGGGCGCCAAGGCGCUGGCGCAGGCUGCCAUGGGCGCGGGGGAGAGGGACGUGCAGCAGUUGGCAAUUAAAGCCGCGAAAGCGCUCGACAAGGUGGCAGACAGCAUCAAGACGCCAGCCAGACAAAAGCUGCCGCCCCUGCCCCUCUCCUCCGCCAAGUACCUCUACCUCGCUGCGGCCCUCAUGCUCUCUCCUGCACUCCUCACCCCCGUGCCCACGGCCCAAAUGGUGGCCCCCGGCCUUCUGCUCCUCUCCAUCGCUGUUUUCCAAUCUGCUAAAACCCUGCCUGCCAACGUGCGUUCUCUGCUAGUUCCCACGGUGGCAGCAGGUGGAGUCAUGACGUCGCUCAUGGCCAUGUAUGGAUUCUACACUCUCAACAACUGGCAGGCUGGCAUCCGACUGUACUCACAGGGCGCAGGUGCAUUUCUUGUGGCUCUGAUCGGACCUGCAGUGGGGGCGUUGGGCUUUAAGGUAUUCACAGAAAAGUCUCUUCUCAAGAGAUACGCGCUCGACAUUGCUGCCACGUGUGCAAUCAUGGUGCCAAUUCAGUUCAUGGUCACAGCGCUGCUAGGCAGGCUGCUCAUGGCGCCCCCCAUCGUCAUCAACUCCCUCAUCCCCUCACACACCACCCUGGGUCUAGCCAUUGAGAUGGUGCCUCUCCUCUCUGCCAGCACAGGCCUAGUGGUGGCGGGUGUGACUAUAGCGGGCACCACCGGUAUUAGCACGGCCAGAACCCUUCUUGAUCAGUGGAAGGUGCAGGACGCCAUUCACAGAGGUCUGGCAGUGGGCAUUGCCUCGCACUCCCUCGGCACCUCUGCUCUGGUUGCUGAGGAGCCUCGCUCUGCUGCAGUGUCGGGCCUGGCCUUUGCUCUCAAGGGCACGCUCAGCGUCAUCCUCAUCUCCAUACCUGCCUUCCGAAUUGCCCUGCUCCAAUUGGCCGGCACUGCCUGA